CUGUUUUCAACCACAGAAUGGUCGACGUCGUAGAUCCCGGUGUCGUGAAGACAGGCGCUUACAAGUAUGAAGACGGGACCCGGUACGUGGGAGAAUGGAACUCGAAGGGUCAGAAGCAUGGCAUGGGCCACUUAGUGCUGCCAGAUGGUACGCGGUACGACGGCGCGCUCAGCGGUGGGCUCUGCUCCGGGCUGGGAGUAAUGGCCUUUCCUGAUGGGGCCAAGUAUGAAGGCGAGUUUAUGCAAGGCUGGUUCCACGGACAUGGAGUGUUCUGGCGCGCCGACGGCAUGAAGUUCGAAGGGGAGUUCAGAGGUGGACGCGUCUGGGGUCUGGGAUUAGUGACGUUCAGCGACGGCAGCAAUGGCUUCCCUCGCAACGAGGGGUUCUUCCAAGAUUGUAGACUGGUGCGUCGCAAGCGAUGCCCCGAGGUCGUUCAGCGCGCGCAAAAGGUCGCGUACAUGGCCCGAGCACAGUGCCAACCGUUGUAAUACUUUGUUACCUUGUGGUUGUCCUAAUUCAGGAAGCCG